AAAGAAAGAUAAUCGGAGUAGAAUAUCAAUGAUAAAUAUCUACCAAUUUUCUUAAGGAUAAUAUUGAAUUCAGAUUACUAAUGGAUGGUCGUGGAUUAAUGUUGUAUAUACAUGUACAAUGUGUAAUGGUAUAUACGUGUGAUGCUAUCGCUACUACAAAGUUUAUCAACGAUGAAAGUGACUGAAGAUAUAACAAGAUGACUCGACUUCCAGUUCUUGUGAUAAUAGUAUUGUUUUAUAAUUUAAAAAUAAUAUUUGUCAGAGGUGAAGACCCGUGCGAGGAAGGAGGACAUAAAGUUAUCGAUGAUUUUAGACGCCAUGUUGAGUACAUUACACCCAAAGAUGGUAGAGCGCUAUGUGAUGUCUAUAUACGAGGUGGUUGGCAUAGGUUCUUAAUAAAUGGUACAAACGCCAUUUUACCAACGCAGUGUGUUGAGGUGUUUCGAUGUGGAACCCAGGCACCGAUAUGGUUGGAAUUAAAGAGUGGCAUGCCUUUACCGGGUCAUGAAAAGAGGGGCCAGGCAUGCGCUGCCUGGCAACUACCUCGCAAAGAAGUCAACUGUUGCAUGGCUAAAACAUUAGCCGUGGUCAAAAACUGUGGAAAUUUCUACAUCUACAGAAUUUCAGGUGCCAGAGGAUGUAAUUUGGGUUACUGUACAACAAUUCAAGAGAGAAGUUGUGAAGAGGGUUUGAUUCUUGACCCCGUUUCAGGAGACUGCACUACACCAGUGACAGAAAGUACAAGUUUAUUCACGUGUCCACAGGGUCAAGAUUUUAAUGAAAAUCUUAAAGCAUGUAUUGUAAAACAAGUGAAUCUUACAAAACCAUCCAUACAAAACGUUAUGGUUAAUGGCGUCAAUUACCUCAACUGUACGAUUGAACUGGGUAACCAAUCAGUAGUGGGGGCAGAGUUCAGAGUGGCUUGGUAUAAAAGAAGAGAAGAUACGGAUACCAUCUUUAUUAUUAGAAGAAAUAUGAUGGGUCGAUUAUCAUUGUUAAAAUUGUACGAAGAUGUUUUUCCUGGAGAUCUGAUCCAGUGUGGUGUAAUGGUGUUAAAUACCAAAGAUUCCGAUCAGACAGAAAGGAUAAGUUCUCCUUUUAAUCUGGGUUUAAAGUUUUCAGCAGAAAGUGUACUGCUCCAAGAAAAUUUUCCUACGGAUAGAGUAACUCUGUAUUCUACGAUACCAAUAUCUUGUGGGCUCAUAAACACUAACUGCAGUAUAGAGAUAAUGCUUGCUUUAUUGAGUUUGGAUGGUCACCCUACUACCAGAAUCAGAUUAAACUCUUGUAGAUUUAGAAUGUAUAAUAGAGACUGUGAGAAUAACGUUUGUAGUAAAAUGGAAUUAAUAUUAGAUUUGCUGCCAGAUUUAACAUUUAAAUCAGCUAAUGCUGGUGCUAUUUUGACAGCAGUUAUUUAUGAAUCUCAGGAACAUUGGCAGCAAGUCUCCACAGAAUUAAUGAUCCGAGUUGAAGACAAGCCGUUUAAAGAAUGUUAUAUAUUUGCUGAUCCUCAUGUACAGACCUUUGAUGGAAGAUUAUUAGAUGUUACAUCAUUUGGUACAUAUUUAAUGUUCUCUACCAAAUAUGAAAAUUUUAUGGUUCAUGCGAGGAUGUGGAACUGUAGUGGAGAAGGUGGAUAUUGUGUUUGUGGUGUAGCUUUACGAUAUAAAAACGACCGUAUUAUAGUUGAUAUGUGUCAAACAGGAAAGGUAGAAAUGAAGACACAGUCAAGUUCUCCAGAUAACUUUAAGAUUAAGGAAGCUCUUAAUGGCAGAUAUAAAUAUAUACUAUUCUCAAGUGGAUCCCGAUUCAAAAUUACAAUAGAUACAUGGGGUAUGGCAAUAGCCCUGAUGAUUCCAGGAAGAGCUGCAACAAGUACCCCAGGAUUCUGUGGGACUGUUGAUGCCAACAUUAGUGACAACUUAAUUAGAAGUUCAAUAUUAAAUGAUGGCAAUUCCACAUAUUCCUAUAUAGAACAGUGGAGAUUGAAAAGAUAUAAAACCUUAUUCGAGGUUCAUGACGAUUUAAAAUGGGUGGAACCGUUCUCAGCAGAAUGUGAUUGUUCUCCUGCAAAUGAUGGAUAUCAAUGCUCGAGAAAUCUCCCUUUAGACAAUGCCAUUGUGUCAGUGUUUAACACCGAGGAUACUUCGAAUAAUUACGCGAGUGACAUUCAAAACGAUGGUUCGGGACUCUAUGAGGGUAGUGCGUUCUAUCCAGGAGAAUACGACACGGAGUUGGAUGACGACGACGAUGAAGACAACGAACUUAUUGGACGUCGGAAAUUUCUACAAGAGAAUUUGAGAUUUGAAAUCGAAAGAGAAGUUGAAAACGACAAUGAAAAUCUUUUGAAUCCAAUAUGGCAGCGGGGAAAGCUGAUUCCGGAAGAGGAAGCACACCGUUUGUGUUCGGAAGUUGUGAUCAAUUCCCCUAUAAGUGUUGUGUGUUCGGAUCUUGUGCCGAGAUCCAUUGACACAUCUCUAAAUUUAUGUCUUAGAGAUGUUCAGCUAAAACUCGAUUCCUCGCGUGUCAAAUAUAAUUUGAAGAUCGUUGAGGAUAUGUGCGAAAAUGAGAUUCUUAAAACAAGUGAUAAGUAUAUUUCUGUUGGUGGAAAUACACCUAGUUUUCCAGACGCCAUCUUGAAGUCGAUGACCUGUCCAUAUGGCUGUAAUCAAGGAAAGUGUACUUUAACUGGAUGUAUAUGUGAAACAGACUUUGGUGGUUUAGACUGUAGUGUACACUACACGACUGUUGCCCCUAAAACAGACUUCUUUACAUUCCAAACUGAAACAACUACCCCUAACAUAACUACAACCACGGCGCCCCCACCGACAACAGAAACCACAACAGUCAGCACAGAAAGAGAAGUUGUGACAGAAACAUUUGAACGUGUGGAAGCGUUUACGCUGCAGGGUCCCAGACAAACAUUUCCAAAAUUUAUUCCGACAACAGAAAUCACUAUAAUAAAAUGGAACAAGACGUACGAACUGUGUGACAUAAAUAUAUAUGAUUGUACAAAAGUGGUCUUCUUUAUUCCAAAGGUUAAUCCAAGAUUUCAGUGCAAACUCACGCCAAUGAAGGUUGCAAACGGUAUUACGAGAAAAUCUAAUAACUCUAUGUUAAUUGGUAUUGAAACUAAAAGGAAGGAAUUAGAUUGUAUGUUACCACCAAGAAACUUUCUAGAUCGAGCAUUUGCAGAUAUGGCACCGGUGGAACAAGUGAAUAUUGAGGUUCUGAACGGUCGAAGAAAACGGGUUGCUGAAAGAGAUUUUGUUAUAUAUGAUUCAACAUGUAGAGUGUGUAUUGAGGAUAACGGCUGUCGGACAAUGGACAAUAUGUGUUAUAUAGACGGUAAAUGUCAACCACCGUUGUCACGGAAUAUAAAAAAUAGAUGUCAACAAUGCAUACCGUCAGAAUCAAUAUCAAGUUGGACAGGGUUGGAAGACAACCUUCCGCCUGUUUUUGAUGUCCGAAAUAAACAGGUUGUCAGAUUUCUUGAUGACGUAGUGAGGGUUAUGAUCAAUGCCUAUGAUCCCGAAGGAGAUGAAGUUGUCCUGGGUGUAGAUCAUCCUGAGGCUGUAAUUGUCGAGGAAAAUAUUUUAAUUUGGAAUACGUCACAAAUCGACAGAAAAGAAACACCAAAAUUAGAAUUAUUUGAUGUAUUUGCUACAGACAUUUGUAAUUUUACUUCAAAACUGCAGAUACAGAUAAUUGUAGUAGCGUGUGCUUGUCUUCAUAAUGGAACAUGUUCCAGUGGUUUUGAUUCUAUCAGUGGUCCAUUUGAAUAUACCUGUUCCUGUCCCGGGGGCUAUACUGGAAAGUUAUGUGAGGUUGAAAUCAAUGAUUGUGAACCUAAUCCCUGUAAUCACGGUACCUGUAUAGAUUAUCUUCAAGCUUAUCAAUGUGUAUGUCCGGGUGGAUAUAAAGGAGUCCAUUGUGAGAUAUCAACUGAUUUAUGUAAUGAUGAUCCGUGUUAUCCUGGUGUUGUAUGUUUGUCGUCACCGGGGUCGUUUGCCUGCACUAGCUGUCCACCAGGUUUAACUGGUGAUGGUGUACAGUGUACAGAAAUUGAUUCUUGUUUAUCGUCCCCCUGUUUUUCUAGUGUAACGUGUAAAGACAUGAAAGCACCAGAUAAUGGUUUUAUUUGUGGUAAAUGUCCACGAUUCUUUAUCGGUGAUGGUGUGGACUGUAAAAAGAAAGAUGUUUUAGCGUGUGAACAUAAAGUAUGUUCUGAAUUAGUCGAGUGUAGUGAAAUAAAAGAAUACCCAGGCUACAGUUGUUCCCCUUGUCCAGAUGGAUAUGAGGGCAAUGGAACAACAUGCACACCUAUAUGUAAUCCGCCAUGUGGUCAAUAUAAAACUUGCUAUGAACCUGAUAAAUGUCGAUGUCCUGAUGGUUAUACCGGCAACCGAUGUCAGAAAGCAAUCUGCGAUCCACCGUGUCAAAAGGGAGGAUUAUGUACCACCCCCAAUAACUGUACUUGCUUCACAGGAUACAAAGGAAAAUUUUGUGAAAUCUCCACUUGUGUUCCACCUUGUAAAAAUGAAGGAAGUUGUUAUUCGUCGAAUCGAUGUCGCUGUUUACCAGGUUAUAGUGGUUCAAGAUGUCAGAGAGUGGCGUGUAACUUUCAAUGUCUUAAUGGUGGAAGGUGUAUGGGUCCAAACAAAUGUAAAUGUAGGCCAUUGUAUUAUGGAUUCUUCUGUGAGAGAAAACAGUGUAGUCCGACGUGCCUUAAUGGGGGAAGGUGUACACAAAGUGGAACAUGUCGUUGUCCGUAUGGUUACUAUGGAAAGCGGUGUCAAAAUGCUAUUUGUAAUCCAUCAUGUUUACAUGGCGGUAGAUGUAAACGUAAAAAUACGUGUAAAUGUCCUUAUGGGUAUGCAGGAGACCGCUGCCAGACAGCUGUAUGUAGACAAGGAUGUAAUAACCAGGGAAGAUGUAAAGCACCAGAUCGAUGUUCCUGUAAAUCGGGUUGGUCAGGUUAUAGAUGUGAUAAAGCUGUGUGUGAUUUGACGUGUAAGAAUAGUGGUCAUUGUUUUAAACCUAAUAUAUGUAUAUGUAAAGAAGGAUACACAGGAUCAGAUUGUAGCAGAGCUGUAUGUAAACCAAGUUGUAAAAACCGUGGACGAUGUCUAGCCCCCAAUUAUUGUUGGUGUAGAAGAAAAUAUUUUGGAGAUGAUUGCAAAAAGAGCUUGAAACAUUAAAAAAUUGAUUAAUGAAGAUAAACCGGUGCAGGUGGUUGUUGCUAAUAAACCCAGGUACGACGAGGAUGUGGGCAUUCGUUUAGUAAAUCCUACCACAUUGUGACUAUUGUAGAUAGCAAUCUUUAUAAAAUAUUUACGCACACGUUUUUAUUGCUCAUUAGUGUGACAGAAUGUCAUGCUGCAAUUGACAAAUACAGAGUUUCUGAUUUCACGCAGGAGGGCAAACAGCUACGGUUAUUGGAUUCCAAAAGAGCAACGAACAAUGUCUUCGCAAAAGUUUAACAUUGAUUGAAAGUGAAAUCUCUGCCAAAUCACAUUUUGGUAUUUUGAUAAAAAAAAUAUGUUUGUGUAUAUGGGAUAUGUAUAUUAUGAACGAGAAUAUUAUUAAAUAUGCAUUAUCUAGGAUUUAGAUAGAGAGCUGGCCGUUCUUGCUAUAAUAGUUCCAAAAUAGAUCAUGAUAAAUGAAUAUAUUGGACAUUUCAUUUAAUUUACUUUAUUCUGGGCGAAGUUAUUACUGUUGGAAGAUGUAGCAUAGAUCGUUUAUUAUCGUAACAACGGUACUAAACAACCGAGACUAAGUCUCGAUUAUCCACUUUAUCGUUAAAUUAUUAAAUCUCGCAGGUGUUUAAAUCCAUUUAAAUCUCGGCAUAGAGAGUUGAUUAUAGGUUUGUCAUGAGGAUAAUUGUCUAAAUGAUAAGAUUUGAAGCCAGAAAACACAACUGCAAUAGGCAGAUUUAGCUCUUACAUAAUGCAUCUUUAAUUGAAUUGUUAAAAGCGUAUAUAUUAGAAAUAAAGGGCAUGUCCUCUGAAUUGUUUCAAGAUUAAUAAUAAACUGUUUAUGUGUGUUUACGGACAGAGACAGUGUCAAGAAGAGAUAUAAAUUGGAUAAUAUAUAUAUAUCAAAUUAAGCCUAACAACGAAACUGUGUAAACUAAAGCCCAACAUGAUAUAAUAUAAGGGGUAAAUAUAGUAUUUAAGAUAAUUUACAAUCAAAUAUUAUACUUAUCCACCAAAUUUAACUUACGGCUAGACCCCGGAUCCAUUCAGUUAUUGUUAAAUUAUGGCCCGCUAUGUUCACACUGAUUUCUAUCUAAAUUUCCCUUAAAAAAUAGUAAUAGUGGAUUUUGUAUAGACAAAUAUAGUAGGGACUUUUUAUGGACAAAUAUAGUAGGGAUUUUGUAUAGACAAUAUAGUAGGGAUUUUGUAUUGACAAUAUAGUAGGGAUUUUGUAUUGACAAUAUAGUAGGGAUUUUGUAUUGACAAUAUAGUAGGGAUUUUGUAUAGACAAAUAUAGUAGGGAUUUUGCAUAAACAAAUAUACAGUCAUGGUCAGAAGUUUAAUAACACAUAUACAAUUAAUAUUAAAGCAAUAAUUUUACUGAGUGGCUUAAACUUUCGUCAAUGACAGAAGUAAUAAGGGAUUUUGGAACGGUAAAUAUAGUAAUAAGAGAUGUUUUGUUACCUGUGCUUAAUUACAUAAUAACACUAUUUCAUAUUCGAAACUUUUGAAAUAUAUGUACGAUUGGUCGGGUGUAUUACUCUUUUAAGGAAACGAAAAUGCACAGAAAACUAAGAGGUAGUUCAGAAUAAAUGUUUGAUCCAUAUUGGGUAAUUUGAUUGUCAUGGAUUAUAUGAAACUGUUAAUUAAAAUCUUAGUAUUCAGAGUAAAUUUGUUUCAUUGUAGGAUUUUUACAGGGAUUUAAAUGUUUAAAUAUUGUGAAUAAAAUGUUUGGUUUUA